GUUCUCGUGUCGAUUAAAGAAUCACGUCUGCGUCCGCAUUCUGUUCGUGCAGCUUGUAGUAGCGAAUAAAAUAAUCGCGAGAAAAGAUGGUGGUGACGGUAGCUUCUGUACGUCAACAACUUACAAAUUUAGCUCAUUCCGGCGGUUCUCAUAAAGACCAGGCCGAAAAGUAUCGCGGAACUUUGGAUCAGAUAUUGUUGUCUUCCGGCGAGGAGCUGGUUGAUGCCUUGAAGACGUUCAUCGAAGCAAUUGUCAACGAGAAUGUGAGUUUAGUGAUUUCAAGACAAGUUUUGACAGAUGUAAGCAGCCGCUUGCUGUUUUUACCAGAUGAAAUAUCAAAAGCUGUCUCGCAUUAUACAUUAGAUAAGGUUCAGCCACGUGUAAUCUCUUUUGAAGAACAGGUAGCUAGUAUAAGACAACACUUAGCUGAUAUUUACGAACGUAAUCAGAAUUGGCGAGAAGCAGCAAAUGUCUUAGUUGGCAUACCAUUGGAAACGGGACAAAAGCAAUACACUGUUGAUUACAAACUCGAGACUUAUCUCAAAAUUGCUAGAUUAUAUUUAGAGGAUGAUGAUCCAGUGCAAGCUGAGGCAUUUAUCAAUCGAGCGUCGCUUUUGCAGGCUGAAUCGAAAAACGAGCAGUUACAAAUCUAUUACAAAGUGUGUUAUGCCAGGGUAUUAGAUUAUAGAAGAAAAUUCAUAGAAGCAGCUCAGAGGUACAAUGAAUUGUCGUACAGGUCCAUCAUCCAUGAAGACGAGCGCAUGACAGCUCUCAGAAACGCAUUAAUUUGCACAGUAUUGGCUUCUGCAGGACAGCAGAGAAGCCGGAUGUUGGCAACGUUGUUUAAAGACGAACGUUGUCAGCAACUGCCCGCUUACUCGAUCCUGGAGAAAAUGUAUUUGGAUCGUAUUAUACGACGCUCCGAGUUGCAAGAGUUCGAGGCGUUACUGCAGCCUCAUCAGAAAGCAUGCACUAUAGACGGACUAGGUUCCACCAUACUCGAUCGCGCUGUUAUUGAACAUAACUUGCUGUCCGCAAGUAAAUUGUACAACAACAUCACGUUCGAAGAAUUAGGUGCGCUAUUGGAUAUCCCGCCCACUAAAGCGGAGAAAAUUGCUAGCCAAAUGAUCACCGAGGGCAGAAUGAACGGUUACAUAGAUCAAAUUGAUUCCAUAGUACACUUCGAAACACGCGAAACCUUACCAACGUGGGACAAGCAGAUACAAUCGCUCUGUUAUCAAGUGAAUCAAAUAAUUGAGAAGAUCGCUCAGACGGAGCCAGAGUGGAUCGCGAAAGUGAUGGAGGAUCAAAUGGUGCAUUAAUAUAGAUCUUGUUUAAUACGAAGAGAAAACCAAUCGCAGAAUACGGGAAUCGCCGCUUGUAACGUGUAUAUGAUAACGGAACCAGCCAAAACCAGUAAAACACAUUAUAGCUCACUGUUGAAACGCGAAUAUUGUUUAACGCACGUCAUGUAACAUACACUAUAUUCGGUUAUUUUCCACAAUGACACCGUGUAAAAUCUUUCGUUGACAAAUUUUCAGAUAUAUUUGUGUUGUUUUCAAAAGCCAAUCAAUAGGCAGUAUUACGUACGAGAUAUUUUAAAUACAUAUUGCAUCUCAUUAAAACUAUACGAUGUCAAUUCUAACAUUUCUUAACGUUUGCUAAAAAAGAAAAGAACAAUGGAACUAAAAGGUGAAUAUAAAUUUGUCACUAUAAACAUCGAUAAAUUCAAAAGAAGUGUUAAAACACGUUGUCUCAUUUCUAAUCCGAUUCCGCUAAUAAAAUUUAGACAAGAUCAUUGUAGAUGGAGAAGCAAUGUACGUUCUUCUUGUAAAUAAAUCACAUUCAUACUUCGUACAAAUAUUCUUUUCUAGACGCGCCGAUUACCAACAAAGAACAACCGUCCAGGAAAAUAAAAGUUGCUCCUUAUUCCACAAACAUAAUUAUAUAUUUCCUAUAUAAAAUAAAGCAGAAUGGAAUUACAUGUA